AUCAAAAAGAAAACAUUUCUUUUACCGACUUAAGAAAUAUUUAUAUUACACAUAUUUUCUUGCUAUUAACAAUGAAUUUCACUAAAGUGUUUCUAUUAGUCGCAGUAAUUUUUGCUAUCUUUGCUGGCCGAACAGAAGCUGGAUGGCUGAAAAAGUUUGGAAAACGAUUGGAGAGAACUGGGCAAAAUGUUCGAGAUGCGUCUAUUAAAACUAUAGCAAUUGCUCAACAAGCUGCAAAUGUUGCUGCAACUUUAAAAGGAUGAAUCAGAAU